AUGACUGAGAUUUCAGCCGGGGGCCCUGGCCAAAAUUCAGCUAAGGUAAGUGAAUUAAUCGCACCUAUUCCUAUUACACAUGGCUUUAAUUCUUUAGAUAAUUCAUCAUUCACACCUCAAAUUGCUCCAGCUAAGAUAGUCGAUGAUAGUGAUUGUAGCCACGACAAUGAUUCUGAAGAAGAGAGACUAGAUGAAUCAGAUGAUGACAGAUAUAAUGGGUACGAUAGAUAUGAUGAAUAUGGUGGAUGCGAUAGAGGCUAUUAUUAUCGUGACGGAAGAUAUGAAAGAAAAAGCUCACCAAUAAUAAGUCCUAUUAUCUCACCAGUAACCGCCUAG